CCAUAAGGCUGGGUUGUGGACUUUGUUGUUGGUGGUUUUUUGUUUUUUGUUUUUUUUGCCCCUUCUUUUCUUGUUAGACUGGUUUGAGCACCCCAGCAUCUGUCCUGUACUUAUCAGGUAGAACCAGAAGUUUAUGGAUAUUGAAACCCAUGACCAAUUCUUACCCAAGGUGGUUAUGACAUACGUCAGCUGCUGCUUGAUCUAUAUAGUUAGGAGCUGACCUCUUUUACCUUGUGAAUAAUUAUGUCAUCACCUCCAUUAUUCUUUUGGUGUUCUCAAUUGAAAUGCCAGGCAUUAAAUGAGCCACAAAGGUUAAAUUCCCAUUAUCCUUCAAUCAGAGCAAGCCUGUCGUGCAGCCAUGAGUUAGUGGAGAAAAAUCCAGAGUUAGAGAAGAUUAUAAAUGGCAGAGCCAUUUAACUGUGGUUAGCUGUUGGAUUCUGAUACUUUCUUAAAAAUACCUUCCUGCACCAACAUCUUCAUUGGAAACAGUUCAGAAAAAGCAGAGGAGAGAGACAACUUUCACAUUUACCAUGGCUAUACCAAUAACAGUGCUUGACUGUGACCUCUUGCUGUAUGGCCGUGGUCACCGGACAUUGGACCGUUUUAAGCUGGAUGAUGUGUCUGAUGAAUACUUGAUGUCCAUGUAUGGGUUUCCGCGACAGUUCAUUUAUUACUUGGUGGAGCUCUUGGGGGCGAAUCUUUCUAGGCCUACUCAGCGAUCCAGGGCUAUUAGCCCAGAGACACAGAUCCUUGCAGCAUUGGGUUUUUAUACCUCAGGUUCCUUCCAGACUCGGAUGGGAGAUGCCAUUGGAAUCAGUCAGGCGUCUAUGAGUCGUUGUGUUGCCAAUGUCACCGAAGCACUUGUGGAAAGGGCCUCACAGUUCAUUCGCUUUCCAGCUGAUGAAGCCUCCAUACAGGCUCUGAAGGAUGAAUUCUAUGGGUUGGCAGGGAUGCCAGGGGUGAUGGGGGUAGUUGACUGUAUCCAUGUGGCCAUCAAGGCACCAAAUGCUGAAGACCUCUCCUAUGUGAACCGAAAAGGCCUGCAUUCUUUAAACUGCCUGAUGGUGUGUGACAUUAGAGGGGCACUAAUGACCGUGGAGACAAACUGGCCAGGCAGCCUACAGGACUGUGCCGUGCUGCAGCAGUCUUCCCUCAGUAGUCAGUUUGAAGCCGGUAUGCACAAAGAUAGCUGGCUUCUGGGUAAGUUUGCAAGUUUCUAUUUCUUUUCUUGAACCUGGCUCAUGACCCCACUUCACAUUCCUGAAACUCCAGCAGAAUACCGCUAUAAUAUAGCCCAUUCUGCAACUCACAGUGUAAUUGAGAAGACUUUCCGAACCCUCUUCCGAUUCCGCUGCCUGGAUGGAUCAGGGCAUAGUGCUACACCAGAGAAAUCCAGCCUAUCAUCUUGGCCUGUUGUGUUCUCACAACAUCUCCUGGAGCAUAGGAUGGAUGUUUAGUCUCUAGGCGACAGGACCCACAUGGAGACAGCCCCUGAAGAAAGUACAGAGCAUGAGUCCCUGGACUGGGCUAACCGUAUUCGCAGAGUUCUGGCCUCAACUCAUUUUAGCUAA